AAACAAGACAACCCACAGUAUCUUUUCUUAUAAAAAUAAAGUUGCGCAACAAACAAACUGGCAAUUUCCACAAAAGCAAGCAAUAUAUGAAGAUGGCAUAAACUGAAGUGAUCUUCAACACCACAGAGUUCCCAGAAUCACAAUCAAAACCAAACCCACCCAAAAUGGCAGAUCAACCGCAACAGUUCCAGCAACCUCGCAUUGUGUAUCCAUCAUCAUCUUCCUCAUAUGCACCGCCCUCGUCCUCUGGUUCAAGUGGCUCAUUCGGUACAGCGUUCAUAGUUCUAGCAGCCAUCCUUAUCCUGGCAGCACUGGCUUGUGUAUUCGGAAGGCUAUGCAACCGGGGCCGCAAGGACCACAAAAACAACAACAAAGCUUCAAAGCAUGAGAAACCGUCUUCAAAGAAGAGCCGUGAGAUCAGACCUGUGGAGCGUGAGCCGAGACAGAGAGGUGAUGAUUUGGAGCUUGGGUUCGAUAUAAAGCGUCCUGGUCCAAUGAGCAAACCCUCUGGUCGAAACGGAGGAGACAUUGAGUUUGGGUUUGAUAACAAGAAAGGAGGAGGAAAGAAAGGACCAGCUCCUGUUACUAAACAUGGCGUAAGGUCUAAGUAAUCGAAAAAAGGAGUAUGACUUCAGACACUGGUGGUUCCAUCUUCAAGCUCCGGUUAGGACAAUGAUCUAAAUAAGACAAGAGACUUACUCAAGCUUGUUUAACUUUAUUUAUUUAUGUUUGUCGUUUUUCUUGUUUUGGAUCAAGUUAUUUAUGAAAG